CCUCGCUCUUCUUCUUCCCCCAAAUCCCCACUCUUCACUCCCGUCGUCAGCUAGGGUUUCCGAGGUAGCUCCUCUUCCCCGGGCGGCAGGAUGGGUGGCGGCGCGGCGGACCAUGGCCAGGCCAGCGCUGCCCCUCCCAUCGAUCCGGCCGUCCUUGAGCCCCGGCGCGAGCCCCGUGCUCGUCUGCUUCCGCCGCGGCACGGCCUGCAGGAGACGGCAACGCUGCCGAUCCCCGACGAGCUCGUGGCGGAGAUCUUCCUCCGGCUGGCCCCAACCGAUCUGGUCCGCGCCUCCGCCGCCUGCGCCUCGUUCUACCGUCUCAUCGCCAGCCGCUCCUUCCUCGUCGCUUCCGCAAGCUCCACGCCCUGCCCCUCCUCGGAUUCCUCGAUCUCUCCGGGAAAUUCUUCGGAGUGGCCCCGCCUUCUCCUUCAGCGUCCGCGGCCCGCGCCGUCGCCCUCGCCGCCGACUUCUCCUUCUCCUUCCUACCCGGCCCCGCUCGGGACUGGAAGGUCCAGGACGUCCGCGGCGGCCGCGUUCUCCUCAACAGAUCUCCCUUCGACAAUCUCUCCCUGGUGGUGUGCGACCCCCUGCACCGGCGGUACCUCCUGCUUCCCCCAAUCCCUGAAGUCGAGGGGUGGCUUCCUAGUUCAGUGGACAACCCACCACGCCACACAGGACGGCAAGCCCUCCUUGGUGACGACCAGGAGGCCAUGGAAGAGACAUCGUUCACGGUGAUCUCAACUGUAUUGCGCGGAAAUAAGCAGGCCGCUUUUGUCUUCUCUUCCAGCACCGGACAAUGGCGAGCUAGUAUAUGGAACGCCGGGUUUGGUUUCUUCUUCAGGCUCUGGUACACCAAUGGCUGCUUCUAUGGGGUGACAGAAUGCAGGAAAAAGUUGCUAGCACUUGACACCCGGAGGAUGGAGUUCUCACUUUCUGACCUCCCACCCGAAGCCGGAGAUUUUUUGCAACUAGACGUAGGUCCUUUCAAACAGUGCGUGAAUAUAGCCAUUGUGGAGGCAGGGGAAGGCAUCACUGGGAUGUUUGUGCUUCCACAUCACACAUCAAACAUCAGUUAUCUAACUAGGCGAAACAAUGGUGGGAGUUCCAGCCAGUGGCAGUUGAAGAAGACAAUCCCACUGGAUUCUUCUUGGUACAUUUUCAUUAGUUCAACAGGGAGGUACUUGCUUCUACUACGAAGGAGAAGAAUAGAAGCUUUCAUGUUGGAUAUCAAAACAUUCCAACUUGAGAAGGUGUUCAGUGAUGUCGUUUCGCGGUAUGUAUAUAGAAGCUUCCCACCGUCGUUGUUUUCGUCACCGACAAUAUCAUGCGGUGUUGAGAACGAGGCCGAGGAGACGCUGGAACAAGGCUGCACUGCAAGCUCAAGUGCAUAGUCUCCACUCUCUCCAGGGUUAGAAUAUGCUGAGACGAAUGCAAGAGGUCGUCGUUUUGUUCCUCUUUGUUCACAAGCUUUUAAAUGUCUGCAACUCGAAUACUCCUAAUUUUGAGAUACUGGGCAGGUGUUGAGAACGAGGCCGAGGAGACGCUGGAACAAGGCUGCACUGCAAGCUCAAGUGCAUAGUCUCCACUCUCUCCAGGGUUAGAAUAUGCUGAGACGAAUGCAAGAGGUCAGGCUGAUUUGUUGAUCAUAAUAUGGCGAGGUUGUUAUGCAACUCGAUAAUUGACCACUAAGUUUGGUCUGCUUUUGCCCUUUGGUCUGUAGUAUGCCAUCCGGAAGGAUAAAAUAGAACCUGGAGUAUUUUAUCUUGCAUUCCUUGGUCUGGCAGUGAUUGAUGCGUUUGUUUGUCGGAUAAGGUAGCGAGAGCAGUAACGGAAGUUCAGUUUCUCUGGGAUCAUUAGAUUAACUAAGUGAAAGUACGACGGUACCUGCCAUUUCUAAAUUCAAGUUUCUCAAA